UUCCACAGCGAUAGUCAGCCCCGAAUCGUCGUCCGUUGAGAGUGUGAGUUGUUGUUGAGUCUGUGAUAGUUAGACCCAGUGAAAAGGGCUCAGGAUGUUAUUCCUAGCGCCGCGCAAACAUCUGUUUGCCACCAACCUGAUCAUCCUGCUGAUGAUCUAUGUGAUGCGAAAGUGCCUGCAGCUCUUCUGCAUCAUCGAGAACCGCGGAGUCCAAGAUGAGGAUAAGGUCGAGCUACCGGAAAGGGAGAUCCUCCAGAAGCGUCGCGGUGGCUUCAAGAUCAUCCCGGAUGCAAUGCACCAGAGCAUGCACGGUUUUGGCUACGGCGAGGGUCACUACCAGAUCUUCGUGGAGAAGAAGGAGCGAAAUCUUCCCACCAAAUCGCGCCUCAAUGCGGCCUCAGCCGAAGUCAAGCUGAAUCCCAAUUAGUUGGUCUUUCGAGACCCUAAGAAAACACUGACAUCUCCGCGUGUCAAAGACAAUGUGCCAAAUGAGCCAGCAAAAAAAUACCCAAUCCCCGAUAAAAAAAAUCCCCAUACAUCCAUGUCUUCUUCAAUAGUCUUUAAAAAAUAUUACCAAUUAAAUGCAUGUAGCGAACAUUUAUUUUUUAUAAACAUCAUAGCGCA